AUGACUUGGUGUGCGAAAAUUUACGAUAUAUUUAAUGGAUGGAAUGACGAUGACGAUGAACAUGAAUUACCAUCCACACCAGCUGUCAAAUCAAUUAAUGGUCUACCAGCAUCAUCAAUAGCAUCAAAACUUACUCGCCUUAAGUCAAUAAAUGAUAGUCCAUAUCUUGAACGGUCUCACUCGAUAUCAAGUAUAAAUAAUCCAUCGAAUUAUAAUAAACAAAACCAUGAUCGAUACUUUUCAGUGUAUGGCGAUCGUUUUCAUCAAGAAGAACAAAGAUCCUAUGGCAUUGCAACAAUUUCGAACAUGUCACUCAAUCUUCCAUCAUAUUCAAAGUAUAUAGGAAGCCAAGACGAAUAUAGUAAAGAGCAACAAUUGGCAAGAAGCUAUUCAUUUGAAUUACGCCGGAAUAAUUUUCUAUUGCCAUCAAUUGAUAAAUCAUCACCUGAUAUUAACUAUCCAACAUCUUAUCAAAUGAAUCGACAGCGAAUUAAUCUUGAUAAACCCUCACGAUCUACUUCAAUAAACGUUCUGGUGAAUAGUGGUGCAAUGUUGGGUAGUCAAAAUUCGUUAUCAACUAGAAAGGAAUUAUACGAUUCAAGAUUCUCAGCCCGCUCAUCCUAUUCAGUUCCUGACUACGAAACAAACGAUUCACCAGGUAGAAACAAUGAACAAAUUGAACAAGCAAUUCAAUACCAUAUAAAACAAAUGUUGACAUCAUCACCUACUAGUAUACUUCCGAUGGUUUAUCGUUUUCCAUCAAACGAAAUGUUGCACUACAAGGAUCCUUAUCGUAUGGAAGGUGGAUAUGAUGAACCAUCGCAAUGGAUAAUACAGACUAAAAUAGCUCCAGUUGAAUGUCGAAUUACAUCGGAUAAUGUUGCUUUAAUUUAUUCGAAUUAUUUUUAUGAUCAAUAUCAUUAUAAUUUAUUUGCAAUUGAUGAUAAUUUCAAUCCAGUUGUGAUGUCAAUAAAGCCACAUAAUAGUCGUUUAACAGUAAUUGUUCGUACAAAAGAAAGUUCAAAAUGUUUAGAUUUAAUUGAAAAUGAAUCCAAUGCAACUGAUUAUGCUUAUUUAGCCAAACAACUGUAUCCGAAUUUACAAGUUGAGAAUUUCGAAAAUUGUACUAAUUUAAAAGCACAACAACUCAUAAAAACAUAUGAUGAGAGAUUAGAAACGCAUAAAUUUAAAUUCGGUGUUAUUUAUCAAAGACGUGGACAAACAACAGAAGAAGAAUUUUUUAAUAAUGAACGUCAUGGAAGAGCAUUAGAUGAAUUUUUAGAUAUUAUUGCAACAAGAGUUUCACUAAAAAAUUUUAAAGGUUAUCGAGCUGGUCUUGAUGUUAGUGAACAAACAGAUUGUCCGAUAUCUUACUAUGAGUUAUACGAUCAAAAGGAAAUCAUGUUUCAUGUUAGCACAUUAUUACCGUUCACACAUUCAGAUUCGUCACAAAUUCAACGUAAACGUCACAUAGGAAAUGAUAUUGUUACAAUUGUUUUUCAAGAAGAAAAUACGCCAUUUCAUCCAAGUAUGAUAAAAUCAAACUUUUUACACGUGUUUCUUGUUGUGCAACCUGUUCAAGUGCUUUCAAGAACUUGUUAUAAAAUGAUAAUAGUUACUCGCGAUGACAUUGAAGCGUUUCCUCCCAUGCUUCAACGAAAUGUUGUCUAUGUUCGUACAGCUGAACAAUUGAAACAAUUUAUAUUAACAAAAUUAAUCAAUGGUGAAUAUGCAGCCUAUCGUUGCCGAACAUUUGCAUUGUUACAAGAACGUACACGUUGUUCAUAUUUAAAAACAUUAUGUGAAAAUUUAACAGAAAAAUCUUAUGAUUUAUUAUGUGAUGAACAAAAACGUGCUAGUCAUCGUCGUUUGUCUCUGUUAUCAAAUUCAACUAAGAAACGUUAUUUUUCAAAUAUGAAAAAAAUUUUUACAAGAAGUAAUAGUACACCAGAUGGUCCUCAACCAUCGAGAAAAUCCGAUCAGCCGAUGACUGAUAAAGAACGUCGAAAAAAUGGAAAAAAAUUUAUGCGAUCGGGGAAAUCUACCAAUGGUGAUAGCAAUCCACGUUCAUCUAUAACAAUUUCAUUACCUGAUCAAGAUUUAUCACAUGAUAAUGAUAUAGCGAAUCGACGUAUGGCGACAGGUCGUAGUAAUGAAAGUUUAGAUAGUAGUGGUGAUAUACCAACAUCGGACCAACGUUCAACGAGACAUUAUCCUCUACGUCCAAUACAUACCUAUUUUGGAGAUGAGUCUGAUGAAGGAUUGGAUAGUAUGUCAUCAGCGGAUACAGCUUUUUCUCAUAAUCAUAAUCGUGUGCCAUAUGACAGUGAUGAUCAAGAAACUUAUCGACAACAACUUCGUGAAAAAUCUCAACCCUCUCAUAUUUCGCAUCCAUGGCAUCGUGUAACUGGACAACGUCCAUCUAAUAUACAAAUCUAUACACCACAAAUGGCUGGUAUUCAUAUAAGUGAAGCAGCAACUGUUUAA